UAUGUCAUUACACCUAAUCAAACGCCCCAACACCCUCCAAGGGUUAUGCGCCUCGAUUACGAUCAAUCCCGGUCUACUUACCUUCCUCGCGAAGUAUGGUACGUUCUGAGAUCCAUCCACGAAGACAAUAGAGAAACGGAGAGAGAGAGAGAACAGCAAGCAGCGUUGACAGGCUAACAUCUAUGCCCUUCUUGUCGCCGUUCUCCUCCUUGCCCUAAUUCGAUCUCUCUCCUCUCCUCUCUUCUCCUCUGCCGUUGCCGCCGUCACCACCUUCCCCUCCGCCAUGGCUCUCAACAUGAAGACCUUGACCCAGGCCCUUGCCAAGGCCUCCGCUGUGAUCGAGAAGACGGUCCAGACCACUGUCCAGGAAGUCACAGGUCCCCGCCCUCUCCAGGACUAUGACCUCCUCGAUCAGAUCGGCUCCGGUGGCCCCGGCAUGGCCUGGCGCCUCUACUCCGCACGUCCUCGCUCCUCCGCCCCCCAGACCCCCUACCCGCUACUCUGCGUCUGGCUCCUCGACAAGCGCUCCCUCUCCGAGGCACGCUCCCGUGCUGGCCUCUCCAAGUCCGCCGAGGACGCCUUUCUUGAUCUCCUUCGCGCCGAUGCCGCCCGCCUCGUCCGCCUCCGCCACCCCGGGGUAGUCCAUGUCGUCCAAGCCCUCGACGAGACUAAGAACGCCAUGGCCAUGGUCACCGAACCCCUCUUUGCCUCCGUCGCCAACGCUCUUGGCAACCUCGAGAACGUCCCCAAACCCCCGAAGGACCUUCAGGGCAUGGACAUGGGGAUUUUGGAGGUCAAGCAUGGGUUGCUCCAGGUUGCGGAAUCAUUAGAUUUCCUCCAUAACAAUGCUCACCUCAUUCAUCGGGCAAUAUCCCCCGAGACGGUAUUUAUUACUUCCUCUGGAGCUUGGAAGCUUGGUGGUUUUGGUUUUGCCAUCUCUUCUGAUCAGGCUUCGGCUGGUGCAACAUCUAUGCCACCAUUUCAUUAUGCGGAAUAUGAUGUUGAGGAUGCUGUUUUACCCCUUCAACCCUCUUUAAAUUAUACUGCACCUGAAUUGGUUCGGAGCAAAGAACUUUCUGUUGGAGCUUCUUCUGACAUGUUCAGUCUUGGUUGUCUUGCCUAUCAUUUGAUCACGCACAAACCGCUUUUGGAUUGUCAUAAUAAUGUUAAAAUGUAUAUGAAUAGCCUGGCAUAUCUAUCGAAUGAAGCAUUCUCUCGUAUACCUCCGGACUUGGUUGUGGAUUUGCAAAGGAUGCUGUCAAUGGAUGGGGCUUCCCGACCAACUGCGAUGGAUUUUACAGGAUCUUCUUUUUUCCGUGAUGAUACUAGGCUGCGUGCCCUUCGUUUUUUGGACCAUAUGCUUGAAAGGGACAACAUGCAGAAAACUGAAUUUCUAAAGGCCUUAUCUGAUAUGUGGAAAGAUUUUGAUUCUCGUGUGCUGCGGUAUAAGGUGCUUCCACCUUUGUGUGCCGAACUUCGGAAUCUUGUCAUGCAACCAAUGAUUUUGCCCAUGGUUCUUACAAUAGCAGAGUCUCAGGAUAAAGCUGAUUUUGAGCUUUCAACUUUACCUGCACUGGUUCCCGUCCUGAGUUCUGCAUCUGGUGAAACACUUCUUCUGCUUGUCAAGCAUGCUGAUCUUAUUAUUAACAAGGCCAGCCAGGAGCACCUCAUAGCUCAUGUUCUUCCAUUGCUUGUUCGAGCUUAUGAUGAUACUGACCCUCGUGUACAAGAAGAGGUCCUGCGAAGAACUUUUCCUCUAGCAAGGCAACUUGAUGGGCAGCUAGUAAAACAAGCUAUUUUGCCUCGUGUGCAUGGCUUGGCACUUAAGACUACAGUUGCAGCGGUGCGGGUAAACGCCCUUCGUUGCUUGGGUGAUCUGGUACCAUCACUUGACAAACAAUGUGUACUAGACAUUUUGCAAACACUACAACGAUGUACUGCUGUCGACCGCUCUGCUCCAACUCUCAUGUGUACUUUGGGAGUUGUAAAUUCAAUGUAUAAGCAGUAUGGAGUAGAAUUUGCUGCAGAGCAUGUAAUUCCUAUGCUCUUCCCAUUACUGACUGCCCAGCAAUUAAAUGUCCAACAAUUUGCAAAAUACAUGCUCUUUGUGAAGGAUGUCUUAAGAAAAAUAGAGGACAAACGUGGUGUGACAGUGACUGAGUCUGGAGUUUCUGAAGUCAGAGUCUCGCCUUUAUCAUCCAAUGGGCUGCAUUCUGUACCAACUCAAGCACAAAGCAAUCCAAUUUCCUUAGCAAAGAAAAGUCCAGCAUGGGAUGAAGACUGGGGUCCUACAACCAAGGGAACUGCAAUCUCUUCUGUUCCAGUGGAGUCUAACCUACUACCUAAACAGACAAUGCCAACUCCACAACCUGCUGCAGUCACCAAUACUAUGUUACAGCCUUCAACAUCUGUUCCCAGUCAACAAACAUCAUCAUGUACGCCAGUUGACAUAGAGUGGCCUCCUUCAAGUUCCAGUUUUGGCUACCAGUUUGGCAACAGUGAGAAAGAAAAGCAGAAUAAUGGAGGACUUUCUGACACUGCAUUUGAUGAUAUUGACCCUUUUGCCAACUGGCCACCUAAGCCAAACAGUUCAGUCGCAACUUUGGCAGCUCCAACCAAGACAACUUAUGGCCAUGGAAUGUCAGCUUUGAGCACAAACUACAUGAGCUCUUUAAGCAACACCAAUCCUAUUGGACUGUCAAACACUCAGCAGGGAAACUCUGUGUCUAGCAACAUUCAAAAUGGUGCGGGUUUGAAUAUGCAUAACAUUGGACUGUUGUAUCAGGGGAACACUACAUCUGGUGCUGGAAAUUCAAAUCUACCUUUGGGUGUGGGAUACCCUAAAACAAAUAAUACAAUAGGCAGUCAAAAUACGGGCCCCAAAUCAGCCGAUCUCGGAUCAAUAUUUGCUUCAGGAAACAAUGCAAAUCCUACACCUAAGCUUGCCCCUCCUCCAGCCACUGCAGUAGGAAGAGGGCGCGGAAGAAAUCAGGGGCCUGGUGGUCUUUCUCAAUUAUCGCGAGCAAACCAUGCCAAAAGCUCUACUACAGAUAAACCUCUUCUGGAUUUGCUUUAGGAUAGCCCUUUCUAAUUGUUCAUUACCAUUUGCGUGGAAGAUGACCAGUUUAGGUUCCUAUAAGCCGAAUAUCAGCCCCCUUUGUUGAGGGAAGCAUAAAAUUGAAUUCAACAGUGCAGAUCACAGAGGUUGUUAAUUUUCUUCCUAGCAGGUUCUGUGGUCAGUGUGAGAUGGUAAGUUGGUAUACUAGCUGUUCAAGUGUCAAUCAGUACAUAUGUAUUCUUUUGCAAACAUGCCAGGCCUUCUUUUCAUUUGGAGACAAUAAGUAAGAGUCAUGCCAUUUCCCUGAGAUGUUUAGGAUUUUGGUUCUUGAGAGUUGUCUUGCAAAAUACAUCAGUUCCUUCCUUGUGUAAAUUUUGAGUACUUAAUAUUGUGUAAAUCUUGAGUACUUAAUGUUGUGUAUUUUUCCGUAUUUUUCCAACUCACAAACAUAACUGAAAACCGAAUGCUGUAUAUUUUGAUUUGAAUGUGGUUUUUCUUUUAUUUA